AGUAGAGAGUGCAGCUUUCUCACUCAGCUCAGCGCAGAUGAACACACAGCGGUCUCUGCAGACGCGUUGAUGUUACAUUAAAGAGCUAAAAUGGCGGAGCGCUGUGUGGAAGGUGGACGUUAGGAGGCUGUGAGGAGCGGACGUGUUUAAGCAGGAGCCAUGAGGCGCCUCGGCUCCGUGCAGCAGAAAAUCCCGUGUGUUUUUCUCACUGAGGUGAAAGAGGAAGCGUCCAGAAAGCGGGACGGGCAGGUGAGAGGGCAGCAUUUUCAGGUGGUUGCCACGGAUACAGUGAACCCAGUGGCUGUCGAGUCGGACGUCCACCGUGCGCUCGCCACUGAAAAGCUGGACGGCACGUGCUGCUACGUCACUCCGUACAGAGGAGAACCGUACCUCUGGGCUCGCCUGGAUCGGAAACCCACCAAGCAGGCGGACAAGAGGUUCAAGAAAUAUCAAUACACUCAAAAGACCUGUAAAGGUUUCGAAUGGAACGUGGAAGAAGAUUUCCGAACCGUGCCUGAAUCCUGGAUUCCUGCACGUCGAGUUCAGUAUGAGAGCGGUCAUCCGGUACCUGAUGAACACGGACACAUCCCGGGAUGGGUUCCAGUGGACAAUUUCAACAAGCAGUACUGCUGGCACGCGUCUGUGGUCGACUACGACGCCCGAGCGGCUCUUGUCCUGAGGCCGAGCGGUGAGGAUGAAGCUGUGCUGGAAAUCGCCAGCGUUCCCCUGACUGAGCUGAUGGAGCAAACACUGGAGCUCAUCGGGACCAAUGUGAACGGAAACCCGUACGGUUUGGGCAGUAAGAAGAAUCCGCUCCACGUUCUGGUGCCGCACGGAAUCCUGCGCAUCCGCAACGCUCCUGCAGUGGAGUACCAUCAGCUUCACUCGUGGUUUCGGGAAAGUGACGAGGGCCGUGUGGAGGGAAUAGUGUGGCACUGUAACGACGGUGCGCUCGUCAAGAUUCAUCGGCACCACUUGGGUCUGAAGUGGCCCGACGGCGAUGCUUUUUUAAACUCCCGGCCUGUGGAGGUUCACGUGGACCGGCUCCCGUUAGAUCCGGACGCUUCACCUGACUCGCGGAAGAACCUGUUCUCCGCUCUGUCCAGCCUCACUGGACGCCGUUUCAGCUCCAUCACAGACGUCCAGCUCGAAGCCUGAUCAGUUACACAACAUUCCUCCUCCUCCUCAACUCUUUCACCUCUGCUUUACAGCGAGGUUCGUCUUUACCGACAGGACGGAGCUGAGUAGCAGGAUUCUUUGCUCGUGUAUGCUGUAAAGUAGCACUUAAUAAUCAUGGAAGAUUUACUACAUGAUGCUGAUAAUGAGCCUAAAAUGGUGGAUUAAGUCGCUCUCGAUUUUAAGAGGGAGAAUUGAUGUAGAUGUAAUUUAUUUAGCCAAAAGUGAAGUAUGUAACAUACACAUGACGUACACAAAUGCUGUUAUAAUAAACACAUGUAACAGCUUGAACUGAAGUUAUAAAAAAAUUUUUUUUCAUUCAUUUUUUUGAUACAAUGGAACAAUUUUGGGGCAGUGAUGAGUGCAGCUAGUCACAAAAAUAUCACAUUCUCUUCACCAUCAUUUAAAACACUCAAUCUACAGCGUUCAUAAAUAUACUUUUUACACACACACACACACACACAC